AAGGCAGAGUGUGUUUAUUGUUUACUGUGUGCUAUUCAAAGUCUAGUCAAGUCUAGUCAAAGUAAUUCGCGCACCCAACACACAAAUUUGACUUCCAUAUGUUCAUGAAAACAUGUUCUCCCAAGUGUCCUUUCAUUUGCAUGCAUGCAUUUCCUGGUUUGACUCAUGCUGGUCCGCGACCUUUACCAGCUUUUGUGAGAUGACUGUUGUUUGUUUUUGGGCUUGUGUGUACGGUUGGGUGGCUUAUGCAGGUGGAAAAGUGAGGACAGAGAUAAACGACAGCUAUGUUUCCCACUGGUUGAUUUGUGUGUAAGUUAUGAUCAUGAUCACUACUAUCUGGACCAUCUUGAUCGUGAUUCCAAAUGAUAGAGGAAGUCUAAAAUGUAAAUUUAAAAAAUGCAUGUCAAGCAAUGUAAGCAACUAAAACUGGUUUCUUUUGUUGAACUCAGGACGUUAGCCUCAUCCAUAUUUCAGCAUUCACAUGUUUUCAAGUGACAGAAACCUGCCAGAAUACCAGAGAGAGACAUCCAGCCUUUAUACUCCAUGGAAAGAUGAUGUCAGCAGCUUCCAGGAAAACUUUGUGUUUAGCAACAAUUGCUGCUCUUGGCCUCAUCGGCUCUGUUCUUGCAUUCUCUCUGUAUUUUGAGCUACCAUCCCCUGUUUGUCCAUCAUCUACCUGUGCAUUAAUGAAUGAAGACGCUUAUGAAGCCAUGGAUCCCACUGAGAAGCCCAUAGUCCUGCUGUGGUUCUGGCCUCUAGGUGUGAGGUUUGAUUUCAAGACCUGUUCUACCCACUUCAACAUUGAUAGCUGCCAACUGACAGAUAAUAGAUCCAUGUACAGUAAAGCACAGGGAGUCAUUUUCUUCCAUAGAGAUAUAAACUGGCAUUUGCAGAACAUGCCUAAGGACCCACGUCCAACUUUUCAGAAGUGGAUUUGGUACCAUGUGGAAUCUCCUACGAACACAGCGAAGAUUCCAGGUUUGGACAACCUGUUCAACUUAACACUGAGCUACAGACGAGAUGCUGACAUCACGGUGAGGAAUGAGCUGAUAAUCAGGAAAACAGAGAUGAAAGAUGACUUUGUUCUGCCCAAGAAAGACAAACUGGUGUGUUGGAUUGUCAGUAACAACAAUCCAGCUACUGGAACAGCUGUGAGAGAGAACUAUUACCGUGAACUGUCCAAACACAUCCAGAUCCAUCUCUUUGGUGCUUUUUCAGGGAAAUUGUUACGUUACGAGGACUAUUACUCAACCAUUGCUAGUUGUAAGUUUUACCUCUCAUUUGAGAACUCAAUCCACAGAGACUACAUCACUGAGAAGGUGAACGGGCCCCUCGUGGCAGGGACGGUCCCUGUAGUUUUGGGUCCACCAAGAGAAAACUACGAGCAGUUCAUUCCCUCUGAUUCCUUCAUUCACAUCAAUGAUUUCCCUGAUCCUAAAUCACUGGCAGAGUUUCUGAACUACUUGGACACAAAUAGUGAAGCAUACAUACGUUACUUUGAGUGGAGAAAGCACUACACAGCCACUCCUCAUCUUCUGUCAAUGCAAAAUGAAUUCAUUCAGCCCAUCUGCCUCGCCUGUGACUACAUGUCAAAAAACAGGGAUUACCAUGUAGUCAAUGACCUUUAUGGGUGGUACUGGUCAUGAAAAGCAGGUUUUUUGGGGUUUUUUGUGAGUACAGCUUUUGCACAAUAAAACAAAGUGAAGCGCUAGCUCUACAUCGAGUACACUGUGGUAUUUACAGUAGAAAGCAAACAUCCAUCUGACACUGGUUUCAUCUGUCUUCCUUUCACUUGUUGUCUGUGCAUUGCUCCAAUGAUCCAGUAAGACCAGGUGGGAUGAGACAGAGACAAAGAUGCUGUUUGUGACCAGUAUUUGCUUUGAUUCAUUUGUCAUGUCAAAGGCUCACCCCUGCUUUCUAUACCUUUUCCUUCCACACCCAACAGUGGAGGUAAAGGAUUAGAAGAUGGAUGAUGAUGAUGCAAAGAUCCUGGUUUGUAACAUGAUUUGUUUGGCUAGGUUAAGGGACUUGUAGGUAUUUACUUGUUUCACUUUGUAGAUAUAACCAGUUUGCUUUGUGUAUAACCUCAUAAAAUCAUAAUAAAGUUACCUAAUUUUCAAAUAUG